CGGCAAAGGCUUGCGCUUGCGCAGACAACUUUAUAACGCGGAGAUGUUGGGUCAAGCGUCGGUACUGUGUGACAGCGGCAUUGGGACUUGAUAAUCGGAACUGUCCCGGCUCGUUCGGGACAGUGGGCAAGCGGAGCAAACUGCGUGCUGUGACGUUUCGGCGCAGGAAAGCCUCCGGUCUUUGCUGUACCUGCGUGACAUCAUCUAUCUGUGACUGUAUCCGAGACUCGCUGGGAGAGUGAUUUGUACGGAGGCAGCCCUGCUCAGACUCGCCUAUACAUGCUGUGUGCGCGUUGCCGGGCUGUGAAUACCGAGCGACACCAUUGCUCUAAACUGUGACAUUACCGUGAGGCGUCAGGCCUGCGCCCACCCGCCAUGGAUGAGGGGGAGUCUCAGGACAUCGGCUUCCUGGGGGAUCUGUCGGUGGGGAUGGACACUUUCAUCCACCGCAUUGACUCCACCGAGGUCAUCUACCAGCCCCGCCGCAAGCGUGCCAAACUAGUUGGCAAGUAUUUAAUGGGGGACCUGCUAGGGGAAGGCUCCUACGGCAAAGUGAAAGAGAUGUUGGACUCUGACACCCUGUGCAGACGGGCUGUAAAAAUUCUCAAGAAGAAGAAGCUGCGAAGGAUCCCCAAUGGAGAGGCCAACGUCAAGAAGGAGAUCCAGCUACUACGGCGACUCCGACAUCGAAAUGUGAUUCAGCUGGUGGAUGUGUUGUACAAUGAGGAAAAGCAAAAGAUGUAUAUGGUUAUGGAGUAUUGUGUGUGUGGGAUGCAGGAGAUGUUAGACAGUGUGCAAGAAAAACGAUUCCCUAUUUUUCAGGCCCAUGGUUACUUUUGCCAACUUGUUGACGGUUUGGAGUAUCUUCACAGUCAGGGCAUUGUCCACAAAGACAUCAAACCUGGGAACUUGCUGCUCACAACUGAUGGGACGCUUAAAAUCUCCGAUCUAGGAGUGGCGGAGGCCUUACACCCAUUUGCUGAGGGUGACACAUGCAGAACGAGCCAGGGGUCCCCAGCUUUCCAGCCUCCCGAGAUUGCUAAUGGCCUGGACACCUUCUCAGGGUUUAAAGUGGACAUCUGGUCAGCAGGUGUUACCUUGUAUAAUAUCACCACUGGUUUGUACCCUUUUGAGGGGGACAAUAUAUACAAACUAUUUGAGAACAUUGGUAAAGGCGAUUACACAAUACCAGAUGAUUGUGGGCCUCUCCUUUCUGAUCUCCUAAAAGGGAUGUUGGAAUACGACCCAAACAAGAGGUUCUCGAUACAACAGAUCCGUCGGCAUAACUGGUUCCGAAAGAAGCACCCCCAAAUGGACCCUAUGGUACCCAUCCCCCCUAGCCCAGAAACCAAGGACCACUGGAGAAGUCUGACGGUUGUGCCUUAUCUUGAAGAUCUGCACGGGUACAGUGAGGAUGAGGAUCUUUGUGACUUGGAGGAUGAAAUCAUUUAUACACAGGACUUCACAGUACCAGGACAGGUGCCUGAGGAAGAUUUGUUUGCACAGACACAGAGCAGCGUACCCUCCAAGCAACUGUGUAUGAAUGGCACAGAAAACCAACUCAAGGUUGAGAGGAGGGUCAGUUCUGCAUCACAGCGCAAGGCCAGCACAUCGGGCAUUAAAGUGCGCAAACUAUCAGCCUGCAAACAACAAUGACCAGGAGGACCACUUUGCAAGUGCACAUCUCCUGAAGACUCAAGCCCCUCUCAAUACAAAAAAAGCUAUUCCGUUCCUCAAAAGAAACAUCCAGAAUGCUGCAGCAGAGGUAUCUGCCCAUUCAUGCUGCUCCUUCAACCCUGCCUCAUCAUGAUCCUCACACACGUCUCUGGACCUCUAGGACAUGCUCGGUGUCCAGCAUCUGCUGCACUUUAUGACUUGAACUUGUCCCCUGCCCCACCUUGUUCAUCUGGCUGUAUACCACAUGUAUUAAACAUAGAAGAGGUGGGGGUCCUGCCAGAAGCCCUACCUGAUCCCUUGGUCACACUGAAAUGCAGCUGGGGACUACUGGACUUCUCCCACCAAACCCACCUCUUGCUUGUGUGUUUGGGGGUAAAGGAGCCAUGUGUUCACUAUCACAGGUUUUUGUUUUCUUUUUCCUUAGUGAUUAAAUGUUUAUUUGGUUUCCA